UCAGAAUAUGGCUAUUUUGAGGAUAGUGAAGCAACUCGAAGGCUGAGGUCUCUCAUCGUUGACAGGUAUCCGGAGGUACAUCGCUGUGAAUUCAUUGUUAGAGCCCCGGGUCGCAUUAACCUCAUAGGUGCGUGCGAGCACAUCGACUAUAGCGGCUACGCGGUGCUUCCCAUGGCCCUACGACAAGCCGUUUACAUUGCGGUGUCAAGUCAACCAACAAGUGGCCGGAAACAAAUUAAAAUAUGCUCAGAAAAUGAAACGCUUGAGACGUAUGAGGAGGAAAUGGAGAGAGCGUUGAAUUUUGCCAAUUGUGGUCCACCACAACCCCUCAAAUGGUAUCACUACGUAUUGUGCGGUGUUUGUGGAUUUAGUGAAUAUGCAAAACAUCACUUUUCUCCAAUCAUGAUUGAAUUUACAAAACCAAAUCUUACAAUAACACCAGUGAGAAUACCCAAAGGUGGCGUCUUUUGUGUUGCUGACUCCGGAGCCCGUCUAAACAAGGCUGCCACACCGGAUUACAACACUCGCGUGUUACAAUGCAAACAGGCUGCCAAAAUCCUGCUUAAUCAUCUUGGGAAGAAUGGAGGUGGGAACGAGGAAGAAGUGAUUCUUAGGAGUGCCCAAAGAGCAUACGGCAAAGCUCAACCGGGUCAAAUGCUCGGUCCCGAUUCGCCAUUAGCGAGGGUCUUUGUAGGCAAACUCGCGGAGUGUGCUGCUGUUCGGUGUGCCACGCACUGUUAUGCGGAGGCCCAACGAGUGCUUGACUUUAAAGGCCUCUGUGAAGAGGAGGGGCAAGGAGACCGAGACAAUGAGGACAUUCUACGAAAGUUGGGCGAACUGAUGAAUGCGAGUCAUGAGUCGUGUCGGGACUUGUACAAGUGUUCCUGCCCAGAAUUGGAUCGUUUGGUUGACAUUUGCAGAUGGGCUGGAAGCUAUGGAAGUCGAUUAACCGGAGCAGGUUGGGGAGGAUGUGUCAUUUCCCUCGUUCCAGAAAGCCAUAGCGAGGAGUUUUUGGCAACAGUUGCAAAGACCUACUACAAUGCAACUCCAGAGGCUGUUUCUCAAGAGUUAUUCUUAACCCAACCCGGAAGAGCUGCAGGAAUCAUUGAUGUUUCUCCAAAAUGA